AUGAUGGUGAGCUACAUCAUGGACAAAUGGGGCCGCAAGGCCGGCGUCAUUUUCUGCUCCUUUUGGUCCCUGCUCGGCGGCGCCUUGAUCUGUGGGUCGAAAAGCUCGGCCAUGUUCAUCGUGGCGAGGUUCUUCGCGGGCAUGGGAAGCUGGGGCUAUCUGGCUGUCACACCUGCGUACAGCGCCGAGCUUGCUCCACCCGCGCUGCGCGGUUUCUUCGUCGGGCUCAACGGGGUCAAUAUCGCGGUCGGCUACUCACUGGCAGCGUAUACCGGGAUGGGCUUUUUCUACGUAAAAGAGCCUCAAGCUCAGUGGCGCGGUCCGCUGGGCAUUGCGCUCUUCUUCCCCUUGUUGAUGCUCGCCAUGCUCCCCUUCAUCCCGGAAAGUCCCAGAUACCUGCUCAUGAAGGGCCGUGAGGAGGAGGCGGAGAAGAUUGUCCUGAGGCUCCACGCCACCCCUGGCGACGAGGACCAAGAAUUCGCUCGCGGCGAGUUCUACCAGAUGCGCAAGCAGGCCGAGUUUGAUCGUACCCUGUCGGUCUCAUGGUGGGACGUCUUUUUCAAGAAGUCGUACCGAAAGCGAACCAUCCUGGCAAUGGGCUUCGCCUUUGUGGGCCAGUCCACAGGCGUGCUGGUCAUCAACAACUACGGGCCCACACUGUAUAAGAGUCUCGGCUACGGCACAGAGGAUCAGCUUCGUCUCCAGUGCGGCUGGAUCACCACUGCCAUAAUCGGUAAUGCGAUUGGGGCAACGUUCAUGGACCGCGUCGGGCGAAAACCGCUCAUGCUGUUUGGCGUCGGCGGAUGCUGCUUCUGGCUCAUCAUCGAAGCAGCCAUUGUCGCCAGCUUUGCGGGCACUGACAACACCUCCGGCCUGGCCAUGGGUGUCGCGGCGUUGUUCUUGUUCGAGGUCGUCUAUAGCUGUGGAGUCGACGUGGCCGGCAUCGUCUUCUACAGCGAGUUGUUCCCCAACCACCUGCGAGCCAAAGGAGUUUGCCUUUCGAUGGCCGUUGUCGCCCUCACCGACCUUGUCUAUCUGCAGGUUACGGCCACCGCAUUUGCCAACAUUGGUUGGAAGUUCUACCUGGUCUUUAUCAUCAUCUGCGGCCUCGGCACCAUCACCAUGUACUUCGUCCUGCCCGAGACCAAGGGUGUGCCUCUCGAGGAAGUCGCCAAGCUCUUUGGCGACACCGAGACCAUCAUGGUCUAUGCUGCAGACAUUCACGUGGACCACAACACGCACGAGCUCGUCGUUAGUGGCAGAGAGGUGGUCGAACAUCCUGACACGGUGGUCGAAACUCCUAAAGGCGCCGCGGUCGCAGAGAAAGGGACUGAAUCGCGCCAUACCGAGCAAGUGUGA